AUGUCCACGCCAAUGCUUACUUUUCCUGAUAAUGUAAUCAUGCCUGCAUGUAUGUAUGCAUGUAUGUAUGUAUGUAUGCCAGCCUCUCACGCGGCCCACGUGCGCCACAUACUGACGUGUUCACGUAAACCGGCCAUCCAGGUUGCGGGACAUCUGGCGCUGGCUGCAGCAAUCGCCGGAGCUCGAUCCCUGGAGGGUGGCCUAGCUAAGGCGGUCUUCCAGCCGAUGGGCCCCCCACCCAACGGAUACCAGGGGUGGGGUCGCAUCGACCUCAGCCGUACUCUACCGCUUCCGGGGCUCACGCCGGGGGACUUCAAGAUUCAAGUGGCAGAUCGGGGCACCAUUGCUACAGGCGACGUGUUCUACCUCCCCGGGCUGCGAGCCACCGGCAUGGGGAGAAUCACCGCAACUCUCGUCUGGCAUGACUACCCUGGCGAGCCUAGCUCUAUGACGUCACUUGUAAACGACCUGGAUUUCUACUACACCCUGAACGACAAUACCACGUGGCGCCAAAUCAGGCCAGAUACCGUAAACAAUGUGGAACGCAUCGAGCUUCACGAUCUGGCUGUGAAUGACCGCAUCACGUUCAUCGUACACGGUCGUGAAAUACGGCACCAGAUGCUGUCGUCCGACCCUGUGGAAGAUACGACCCUGCCGCAGUACUGGGCUGUGGUGGUGGUGGGCAGCUUUACAGGGUUCCUGCAGACGCCGCUUAAUCCAGUCUACAUGCGGCCGCAGCGCCUGCAGAACUUCAUCUCGACGUCGCAGCAGAUGGAUGCGAUUUCUUUCCACGUGCGCCUGCGGGAGCAAAGCUGCUUAGGACGGCAAUUCGACAGUUACAUGCCCAUCGCCCUGCGCGCUGGCUGUGACAAACAAUCUGCUGUCGUCCAAUUCCGCGAAGUUGAAGGCUCAGACGAGGGCGGGAAGCUGUACACAUACAACAUGGUGGAUUACCUUGGCCUAUGCCUGACGGCUUGGGGCGGCGAUGGGAGCUCAGAACCAAGCAUUUUCUGGGCGAAUUGCAGCGGCGACAGCGCACAGGAAGUGGCCGUGUACGUGAAUCCCCAUAAUACCAGCAGCUCCGCGUACCGGAUCGCGCCGUGGCUGUUGGUGAAUAAGAACCGCGCCAGCUGGCUAUGCCUCCGAGCACCCGCUCUUGCCGGCUUGGACGGCAAUGAGCUAGCACCAUUCACCUUGGCGCCGUGCGAUGACGACGACAAGCUGCAAAGCUUGGAGCUCGCAGCAAUGCCACCGGCAUUGUUGUUUCGUGCUGAGUGGUACAGCGGCCCGAAUGUUAGCACAGCGGACUUGGAUCUCGUGGUAACCUGGAAGGAUCUGGAUUCUGGACUUUGGUACAGCAUCAGUGCUGCCAACCCGAACACCCACGGUGGUCUGCACAAUGUCGAUAACGCCAAGGCGCAGCCUCUGGCCACCAACUUUGAGGAAGUGUACUGGCCAUAUGAACAACAACCAGACGUUUCAACGUACUAUGUAUGCGUCCGCCCCAAAGUCGUGCUGCAGUCCAUUCUGCGUGUCGUACUUUACAUAAAGACAGUCGGUGUCGAGCGGUUACACAUCGAGCGCAAAAACAUGGCGUUUUCAGCGUUGCAGUAUGAUGAGGUCGUUAGUUCAUAUUGUGACAACGCCAAAUCCCCACGCGCACCUAAGACUCCCCCGCCGCCAGAAGAGGCGCCUCCCCCGGAUUACAUAUAUCAAGCCCCCCCAGAUUACAUGCAACCCCCCGAGUUUAAACAGACCGCCAAUUCCUGGCGUUCCCCUAAGUACUGGCAUCCUCUUGAAACAUUUCCGCCGCCAAGCUUUUAUUUGUAUCCCCCUCCACAAGAGAUGGAGGACGAAAUCUUUGGAGCACGGUCACUAAGGGAACACGCAGCAUCAGCAUCAGCAGCUGACUCAUCAGAGCAGGACAGGAGGCUACCGCAAGCAGCAGCUUCCACUGCUUCCACCGAUGGCUACCUGCCUUCUUCCCGUAAUGCGUUAGAGCUAUCAGGCGAUGGUUUACCGGACUCCGGGAAUAUUGGGGACGUGCCCAACACUGAUGGCUCGAUGUCGACAAACGGUCCUUGCUCAGAUCAGUCUCACUCAUCAUCACCGGAGGAUUUACCCAACUCCUCCCGACCCGAGUCCCCAGCCUCAGCCAGAUCUGAUAAGUCUCCGUCACUGAAGCAGGCCAGCAAACAUCAGCCAACCUUGCCCCCAUACAAUUCACCACAAAACCUUCCAAGGCGGUUUCAAAGGCAGCCAACGCCGCCUUCCGACCAUGGAGUUGGUUCAGGCAGCUGA